AUGGCUGUUCGCCGGAAGCUCCUGCGCGCAUGCGCGGAGCGGGCUUCCGACCCCGCAGUCACCGGGCCCCCGGCUCCUCUCCCCUCUCCCCCCCCGCAGGGUUACUACACGCGCCGCGGCGGCAUCGGCGAAAGCGGGGAUUUCGUCACCUCACCUGAAAUAAGCCAGGUGUUCGGAGAGUUAAUAGGAAUAUGGUGUGUUAGCGAAUGGAUAGCCGCGGGCAAACCUAAAGCGUUCCAGCUGGUGGAAUUGGGCCCAGGGAGGGGCACUCUUACUGAUGAUAUAUUACGGGUCUUCAACCAGCUUGCCUCUUUACUUAGUAAAUGUGAUGUCUCUAUUCAUCUGGUAGAAGUGAGUCCCAAACUGAGCGAGACCCAAGCGCUGAUGCUGACAGGAGGGAAGGUGCAGUCAGACCUGAAGGACAAGUCUGCUUACAUGAAAGGCAUUAGCAAGACUGGAAUUCCCAUUUUCUGGUACAGAGACGUUCAAGAUGUGCCGCCAGGUUACAGCUUUUACCUAGCACAUGAGUUUUUUGAUGCCCUGCCAAUACAUAAGUUUCAGAGAACAGAGAAAGGCUGGCGUGAAGUGUUGGUUGAUAUAGAUCCAGAAGUUCCUGACCAGCUGCGGUUUGUCCUGUCACCGUCCAGUACCCCUGCGACAGAAAACUUUAUUCAGCCUGAAGAAACGAGAGAUCACCUGGAAGUGUGUCCUGAGGCUGGCGUCAUCGUUCAGAGGCUUGCCUGUCGUAUAGAAAAGGAUGGUGGGGCUGCACUGGUUGCUGAUUAUGGUCAUGAUGGAACCAAGACUGACACUUUCCGGGGUUUCCGGAAUCACAAACUUCAUGAUGUGCUGAAAGCUCCAGGUACAGCAGACCUGACAGCAGAUGUUGACUUCAGCUAUCUUCGAAAGAUGGCACAGGGAAGAACAGCCACGUUAGGCCCCAUAAAACAGCGGGAAUUUCUAAAAAACAUGGGUAUUGACCUCCGAUUGCAGGUGCUCUUGCAGAAUUCACGUGACGCAGCAACUCGUGAGCAGUUACAUCACAGCUAUGAUAUGCUGAUGAAUCCCAAGAAGAUGGGGGACUGUUUUAACUUUUUUGCCCUGCUGCCUCACCACAGACUUGUACAUCCUGACAAGAAAGAUAAGCCAGAGUCAAAGGCUCCCUUACCACCUGUCGCUGGAUUUGAUGAACUCUUACUGCAGUAAUUUCAAAUACUGUAGCAAAAUGUCUGGUAAUGGUAGCUUUCAAGAGCAACUUAUUAAAUUUAAAAAAAAAAAGUAAAAGGCACAGAGUCCUGCAUUUUAUAGUUGCACAUGCUAAAUGUUUUGCAAUAAUGUAAUCAGUCUAUAGGUACACAUGCAUUACUAAUUAACUAGUAACAACUAAGUAUUUUGAUUUAUCUUUGAAUUGAAAGCACGUGAAAUGUCACAACAUUAUUUCUCCAGGCAAUUCCCUCACACCAAUCUAUGCUUCAGGGCCACUACUUCAGAACCCAGCAUACACGGACCAGAGAGUGAGCAAUGUUUCAGGGGUCUGACGCUAGAGCCGAGUGAAGCAUUUACUAGUGGAAUCAAUUUAAAACUUGUCAGUUACAAACAGAUGUGCUCAGCUGUGGUACUUGCUUAAAGCACAACAUGCCUUGACAUUCUUGAAGAUAUUUUUGUGAAGAGAAGGGUGACAGGAACCAUGCAAAAAGGGUUGAGUUACUAGUUCCAAAACAUCUGCUCACAGAAUUCCCACAGCAGAGCUUAUCUAAUGACAGAUCCACAACCAAGGAAGCAUAGGAAAUACUUACUUCUACAUACAUGCAAAUAAAAAGAACAAGUCUGAUAGGGAAAUAAAUUUUAUUUUCAAGCAUAUCAGAGGAUAUUUACAAACAAUGGGAUGUAUAAAAAUAUAAAAGUACUUGACAGUGUCCUUUUGAGGCUAUAAAUUUUACAUGAGCUUUUUUUCUAGCAUCAUCAUAGCACUAUUUCUGAAUGAACGCAACUUAAUUCAUCUAGGGGUAAGGAUAUGAAACACUGUAACCUACUGCUGUCAAGGUUUGCAGUAAAGGUAGGAAAAAGGGAAUAAAAAAACCUCAGCUAUUUUUACUACUCUGACAAAAGUUUACUCCUAAUGUACGUGUGAUUUUUUGGUUCCUUGACUAUUAGCUGCUUGUGGCUUCUAUUGUCUGGCCCCAUAAGGUCAGGUAAUCUCCUCCAGAGGCCAAUUUUUUUUUUUUUUUUUUAAUAAAACUUGAAGAAUAAAUAGCUCAUAUAAUAGUUUGGAGCAGAGCAGACUUCAUGGGGAGAGAUAUCAGCCGGGCCUUCUACUUCACUGUUGUCCCCUCCUUCCUCUAUUCCUGUUGUGCUUUUUCAAGUGACGGAGCUGGCCUUUUUUUCCUCCCUUAAAACAAAACAAACAAGAAACCCCACAGAGAACCUGAAGUGACAGCUCAAGUAUAAAAUCCAAAGUUUAAAACCAGCCUGUAUCUACAUUAUUAUAGUUAGGAUGGAAGAUAGGAAAAAAAGCACUGCUUCCCUUGCCAAGCCUGGGCAAAUACUAGACUACCAACCUCCUAGGUGAUCUGGUUAUAAAGAUGAAAACUAGUGCCUCUCGGAAGAACCAGUCCUGAAACCCUGAUGUAACAGGAUGGCGAGGUUAAGAGACAAACUCUGCCCUUUCUGAAUUCCUUUGUGCUGCCUUGACAGCACAGAAGAGGGAGGACGACCCCCAGUGUCGGAGGGCAGGGACUGCCAAACCUGAGAAAAACAUGUGUUAUGAGAGAGGACGGGUGGUGGUUGGAAGGGCUGAAACCCUCUGCCCGUUGCUGGCCGUAGGAAACCGCCACACAGAUUGCGCCAACGUUUUGUACAAAGUUUGGUAAAUCCUAACGGGGAAGCCAGAGUUCAGCCUUUCCCAACUUCGACACCUACAAAAUUCAGCGGUGGUUAGGCUAAGGGCAACAAGGAAAGAAAAGGUGGGUUAAAGACCCAAACCUACCCGUGGGUACAUACUUCUGCAACUGCCACUGACUGUACUGCCAGGUCACUGUCAUUGCAAGCAGCUGCCAGCCCUGAAAAAAACCUUGUAAAAUUUUAUGUGUAUCUAAGAACUUAGUUUCUAAGUCUGCUCGCCUGCUUCCUUACCUGAAUAACAAUAGUACAAAAAAAAAAAAAACCAAAAACAAAAACAAAACCCAAACUUAUCUA